GCAUGUGGUCAGGGCCUUAAACUAAGUCUGAACGCGAGGUAUUAGUGGAUAUUAAGUCGGCUUGCUUUAUCACUUAUGUAGGACGAUUUUUCACCUAUGUCCUUUUGUUGAAGAAAAUUUCCGGGUUAAUGUUCACUGUUCUUAUACAUCCUUGAAGUAUACCCUAACUGUAGUAUCCGCUAUAGUACCGAGUAGCAUGCGGAAUGAUUUUUUCUUAUGUUAAAAUGUACUUCACCGAGGUGUAUUUCUUUUAAAUUCAGAACUAUGCUCCAAGAUUAACUUUAUUCGCUGCCUAGUUUAAUAAAUAUCCUAACAACUUUUAUCGCCUUUCAAUGAAAGAUAUUUUUGUAACAUCUAGUAGCAUAUGCAUGUGUUAUUUUUUUUCUCUCAAGAAUGCUAUGUGGUUGAAAAAUGCAACUUGAUCGCGUCUAUUUUUCUAAAACUACAAAUUUCUUUAUUCCUACUUUUCUUAGGUAUUUAUGGAGGUUUAUUUGUGUUAUAUACUAGCUAAAAUUGUUUCAUUUUCAUAAUUCAACCCACAAUUUUAAUGCAAGUGUUCUUUUGUGGAUCGAUCAGUAGCUAGUGGUUUAACGUAUUAUUUACAUUAAAAUUACACAAUUAAAUUUAGCCUUGUGAUUCAAGUCUAAGAUGAGUGAAUAGAUCCAGUUUUGAUUUUUUAAAUAUUCUAGAUAAAUCCUUUUAAUAAAUAAUAAUAUUUUUUACACAUUAAGCUGUAACUAAAAGCUUAUUAAACAAUAUUGUAGGUAUUUGUUGAACAAUGAAGAAUUUUUAUACGAAGUUAAUCUAUUAGUUCAUCAAUCAUAUUUCGUCCAUAAGUUGGAUAAAAUCUUUUCUUUUGUGUAACGAUGAUAAUCUAUUUAUUUUCAUUUACUUUUUAGCCUAUUUUAAAUCCCUUGCUUCUAUCUAGUCAGGGGAUUUAAUAGAAUAUCUAUCAAAUUAUCAAAGCUACUGUUUUUCAUUCUGCCUUCACUAACAGAAUCGAUGUUUCAGUCAAGAAAGUCAAUUUUUUUCCUACUAUUCACUUUUUACAUAACAAUUUACUGUCAGUCAACGAUCUUUGAUCCUGAAACCGGUAAACACUAUCCAAUAUCAGAUUCUUCUCGUAUAGAAGACAUCCCAUUUUUGUUACCUGGUCCUGAUCCUAAAGAGUAUCCACCAGAAUUUCUUAACUCUUUACUAAAGCAUUGUAAUGAUCCUAUGCCUAGUUACAUCGAACUGUUCUCAAAAGCUUGGAUUGCUUUUAAAGAAAUGGGUUUCAACAAAUCAAAGUUUCGAAACUCUUUCUUAUUUGUUCGCCGCAUCAUCUGUGCUAUACGUCCAUUACAAGUGUUUCAUGCUUUAUUGACAGGCCUUUUACUUACUCUGCUUCGAGUGUAUAUCACACGAAAGCUUUAUACGAAGCUUAUUGCCGAUGUUGGUGUAACACCAGAAGUUUCUGGUAAACUUAUUGAAUCUGGUUGGAAAUGUUUUUGGUUCUUACUUAUGUGGCUUUUUAGCCUAAAGGUUGUAGUUUUAAGUGGUAGAACAGAUUUCCAAUAUCCCUUGUGUGUCUUUCGCAAUAACAUAUUUACAAUUGGCUACUUUGAUAUUCCGACCCCGCCUGAUUACUAUUGGCUUUAUACACUGCAGUUGGGAUUCUAUUUACAUUCAUUAUGGAGUGUAUUUUUUAUGGAUUUGUGGCGUAAAGAUUCUUCUGUAUUAGUUGUUCAUCAUUGUUUGACACUUUUACUGCUAGAAGCUUCAUUAUUGGUAAGAAUACAUCGUACGGGUGUUCUAACUUUACUUCUACAUGAUUUAUGCGAUGUAUUUUUAGAAUUCGGUAAAAUAAAUGCUUACUUGCGUAUUCGACGCGGAAAAUUACAUACUAUUCAUAUAACUAUUGCUAAUAUAUGUUUUGCACUAUUUGCAACAUCAUGGAUUGUUUUACGACUAUAUUUAUUCCCAUUGAAAGUUUUAUACGCUUCCUCUUGGGGAGCUUAUAUUUGUUUAGUCGGUCGAGAAAACAGAGGAUUUCUGUUUUUCAAUUUACUGCUAUGGGCUUUAUUUGUAAUGCAUAUAUAUUGGUUUACGUUCAUUGUACGUAUGGCUAUUCGACUAUUUACAAGUCCAUUAGAAUCAUGUGAUGAUAUACGUGAAGAUACACCGAAUAAAAACAUCGACAAUAUGAAUCUUUGUGAUCAUAAAACUACAUCAGAAACAGUUUUAAACAAUAAUCAUAAUCAUAUCACUACUACUUAUACUGCCACUGAUAUUACUGAUACAUCUUUCAUUGUAAAGCAGAUUAAACGAAUAAAAAAUAAUAGUAAUAAUAAUCAUACUGAUAAAUCUUUGACAAAUGGAAGUACAUGCAUAUCAACCAAGUGCAAUUAACUAGAAUUUAUUUGUUAUAGACAAGAAUGAAUUGCUAUUUGCACAUAUAUAAAUUGUGAACAAACUAUAUUAGAUAAGUUUGUGUUUCAUACUCAUUCCAUUUAAUUCUAUUCAUUACUGUUUUGUCAAUGGUUAUUUUCUAUGCUCCUCUCUUAUUUUAUAUUCUAUUCACAUAUCUAUUAAUUUGUAAGAGAUUCAAAUUUUUUCUGUGUGUUUUAAUUGUUGUUUGUUUACUUUUCAAUUUCACUACACAUUGACUUUUUUCACAAUGAGAUAAACACACACACAUAUAUACACUCACAUACACACUGCAGUUAACUAUGGAUCUUUUAUAAUUUCAACUUUUUCAAUAUGGUGGCGCUUUUCCUUCCACAAUUCUAGUUCAAUGUCUUUAUAGAGAUAUAUACAAGUCACUAUAUAUUUUGUAUUUUGUCUGUAUUCUGAGAAAAACUAUUAAAUUUGUAACCAGAUGUAUUAGGUGAACUUGAGUUUUAUUUCGUCUUUCUAUGAUUUUUAUGUGUAGUCAUUUCUGUAUGAUAUGUGUCUAGACACGCCCUCUCAAAUGGAAGUAAAAUAAUACUUAAUAUUGUUGUUAUUAUGUAAUGAGAGUGGGAUAAAAAAAUCCCAUGGAAAGUGGAAGUACACAAUGUGAACUUGACUUUCUCAUAUAUUGCCAUAUGUAGAUCCAAUUGUAAUAUUAGGAAAUAUCUCCCUACCUCUUUUUAUUUCACUAUCUGUAUAUUGUAUGGUGUAAUGAAAUCAUCAGUCUUCUUCCUUUUUUUAUGUAUCAUUUUGAACUUCUACUGUUUUCAUUAUUUCGACUUUUAUUAUAGUUUUCGGAGUGGUUUUUGUCUUUUGUUAUUGUUUACACUUGUGUUUUAAUAAAACAAAGAAAACAGUGAUAAUGAGGGGAAUGAAACUCAAGAAAAA